GCGGAAUUGUGUAAAUGCAAAUAGGCCAUGAAUUAAAAAAGAAGAAGAAGAAGAAGACUUUAAAUUGACGCAAAGUGCCAUUAAAGUUAAGAAAAAGAAGACUUUAAUUUAGGACAAAAUUGUUUAAAUAAGUUAAAAAUACAUUAUUAUAUUAAAAAAAUGUCUUCAAACGAUGAACCAUCGGACUUGGACUGGAUUCAACUACGUCGAGAAAUGGGAACUACAGCUCAGCAUAUCGAAACUUUUAGUGAAAAAUUCCAGCGUAAAUUCAAUGAAAAUCCAUUUGUCCCUAUAGGAGCUCUUGCAACUGCUGCAGCUUUAUCAUAUGGUUUAUGGAGCUUUCGCACCGGACAAAAACGUAUGUCACAGAACAUGAUGCGACUGAGAAUUGUUGCACAAGGAUUUACUAUAACAGCAGUGGUUGUUGGUGUAAUGAUGUCAGCUACGAAGACAAUUAAGUAAAUAUUAAUAUAAUUUAAAUGUAAGUUUUAUAGAACAUAGUGCAAUCAUAUAUUUUUAAAAUAUUUUACUACCAAAUAGAAAAGUAUAACUACAUAUACAAAUUAAAUUAGUUUUCUUUAUAACAUUGCCUAACAUGGCCCAUUCUCCUUAACCAUCCAUA